AUAUAUAUAUAUAUAUAUAUAUCUAUAUAUAUAGUGAGUGAGCGAUACUGUAACAUUUAGAGUGGGCUUAGAGGUGGAUUUGCUGAUAAAUAUGCAAUUUAGGUAUUGUUUUUGUCCUUUGCAUUAUCAUUAAUUCACUGUGUUGAUUGCAGAAAUAGAGAUCGAAGAUGUUGGACGGACUAUUAGGGCGAGGGUUUAGCUGUAAAUGUAAAGCACUGAUUAAGCAAACAAGGACGCGAAUCGAUGCGAGUCGAAGGAAUAAGGACGCGCGGCAGAGGAUUAUGAAGAAAGAUAUUACCGAUCUGCUCGCUAAUGGACUCGAUAUAAAUGCUUUCGGAAGGACUGAAGAAUAUAUUGCUGGGCUGUGCCUCUUGUUCUGUUAUGAUUUUAUUGAGGGGUCUUGUGAAUUCAUAUUGAAGCAGCUUUCAGUCAUGCAAAAACAGAGGGAAUGUCCCAAAGAAUGCAGGGAGGCUGUAUCGUCCCUGAUGUUUGCUGCAGCAAGAUUUUCUGAUUUGCCUGAACUACGUGACCUCAGGGAUAUGUUUCAAGAGAGAUAUGGAAACUCUUUGGAAUAUUUUGUGAAUCAAAAGUUUGUUGAGAAAGUAGCUUCAAAGCCACCUACAAUGGAGGAGAAACUGCAGCUACUGCAAGACAUAGCAUUGGAGUUUUCAAUCAUGUGGGACUGCUGGGGUUUUGAACAGAGGAUGGCUACUCCCCCUGCAUUUACGCAGGACCAACCUUGGAAAUACGGGCCUCUCCAUGUCACUGAUGAUAAAUACAAAUUGCCCAAUGGCAAUGACAGUGUCCCAAGAACACAUAAACCUGGUAUUUCAUCUAAAGAAAAAGUUGAGCUUGUUAAUGAUAGGCACAAGAUACGCAAUGGCUUGGAGGGCAAUGUCUUGCGAGACCAGUUAGACCUUCAUUGUUUGGGAAGACAGGAAUUCACCAAUAAUGAGUACAGGCCACACGCCAGCAGGGGAAAUACUAUCCCAAGAAGAGACAAACGUGACAUUCCAAUCCACGCAAGACGAGAAUUCAAUGCUGAUAAGCAUGAAAAGUUGAAUGUGAAGGAAACUGCACUAAAAACAGUUAGAUCAAUGAGUCCAUCGUGCGGAAUAAAGGCAGAAUAUGUUGAUGAUGGACACAAGCUGCAGAAUGAUUGGAUAAAUAUUGCCUCUGGAAAAGACGGUCAGGAACUUCUCUCUCAUGGAAAACUGGAAGCUGCUGUCUGUUCUAAGAGUGAGGUUAAAGAUGUCUCAUCUGCCAGUUAUCACCAUAGGGAGCAACAUAAUAUUGUGAGUUCAGAGAGCAGCACUCAAAAGGAAGAAAUAGAUGGGCCAAAGUCCCUCUACAGUAAUGCUCUACCCCCGCCAUAUGUUAAAUCAAAAGAUAAAGUAAUCCCUCCUCCAUAUGUUAAGCUAAGAGAUGGCAAAUACGAGGCCAGUGCAGGGUCUAAAAAUUCAGAUUCUGACUGUGAUGGAACCUCCAUUGACCCUUCAAGCCAUAACGGAGCGAAUGCAGAAAGGAGCCAGGUAGAAUCAGAAUGUCCCAAACAUGAGGGGCAGGUCUUUGGACCUGUGAGGAUAGAUCGUAAUGGUUAUGAGAAAGAUCAUCAUUUUCAAUAUGAUAUGCCCUUACCAAAACCAAGAUCAGUCAGGAGGAAACACCCAAAAUCAACCAGUCAAGGAGAUCUUGGCAAUUUUGAAGACGCUGGAGUUGUAAAGAGAAGUUCAGGUAGCAGAAGAAGAGAAAAUUCGAGGAGGGGCUUACAGCAAGAUGAAGAGGAAAGGAUGAUAGAUAAGUUGUUGUUACAUUACAGCAAGAAACCAUCAAACUACGAACCGGGAAUGGUGAGAAAAAAGUCAAAAGCUCCUCCCUCAGACCAUACAACCGCUUAUGCUGGUGACUCCCUGCAAAAUAGAAGCCAAGAUUGGCCUGGUGCAGAGACAGAAAUGGUUCCUCAUCACACCAGAUCAGUUUCUCUCCCUCGCAAGCAAACUGCUGCUCCAACAGAGGUGAAUAAGGCUUUUGCUCGUGCCAAUUCCUUUCAACCAGAUAACCAGGCACGGCAUGUGCAUCCUAAGUUACCGGACUAUGAUGAUUUGGCUGCCCGCUUUGCAGCCCUGCGAGGUCGGUAAAGGGUAAGAGCAAGUGGAACUUUGAAGUAUUUUCUUUUUAUAUGUGCACAACCUAUCAAAAUUAUUAUUAUAUUUGCAUCCAUUUAUUGAGUGGCUCUCGUAGUGUCUGUCGUGGAGUAGGCAAAGAGGUUGAUUAGCCUCUUUAGACAAUAUGUUGUUAGUCUGAUUUUUCGUUGUGUCGACUAUUUGGUUGUAAAAUUGUAACAACACUGCUACUAUAUCAGACCAUGACUAAUGAUGAAUUUCUUUUAAUUCA